AUGGCAGGAACAGUUUUUUGGGGUGAAAUUGAAGAGAAUGUAGAAAAUAUCUGCGGUGUUAUUGAUUAUGAUAAGCAUGCAUUCUUUAUCACAUGCACAGAAGAUGACCCAAUAGAUCGAGAAUACACAACACAUCAAGUUUAUGAUGAUAAAGCGCCUGAUACUGUAAUGCAUAUGUUAAUUGCAAGACAUGAUAAAACAAGUGAUCGGAAGAAUACAGCCAUACACCGAACUGUGAAAAUUUUAGAAUUGGUCAAAGGUCGCUCUGUGCAUUUUCCAAAAAUAAUUUGCUAUGGCCGUCUCAGAAAGAUGAUAUUUGGUGAAAGCGGAGAUCAGGAUGCUGAACGGGAUCCGGAAUGGAUUGGACGACCGUGUGCCAUUCUUGAGUAUCAUGCAUCGCUGGUGGGUUCACUGCUAUCAUUAUCACCUACAGGUACUGUCCCGUUGGAUCUAGCAUUAGCCAUUAUGAUAGGAUAUGUUCGAGCUCUUGCAUCACUUCAUCGACUCGGUUAUGUUCAUCGUCAGGUCUCACCGUACAGUUUUGCAUAUCGCAAUCCAAUCUCCUAUGAUUCCAUCGAAUCACGCAUGCUAAUCAUCGAUUUAAGCUUAGCUUUGCCAUGGCCUUGUAAGCCACGUUCAUUUGUACCAUUUGUUGGUACAAUUCGGUACAGUUCGGUAAGAGCUCAUCGAGGACGUGAACAGGGUCCCUCAGAUGAUAUCAUAGCUUUAAUUUAUGUGAUUGCUGAAAUGAUCUCGGGUAAACUACCAUGGCGUUCGGUGUUUGAUGAAAAACGAGUAUGUGAUAUGAAAUGUUUAUUUUAUCGAACUAUCGAAUUUAAACGACUUCCCAGAGAAAUUCGAUCCCUUUACAGAUUAAUGUAUAUGACAUUGUCACCUUAUCCAAUAGAUUAUAAAUUUAUUAUUGAACAAAUUCAAGCAGCUCUAAAACGUCGUUAUCCAGGCAAUAAACAUGAACUUCCAUCAUGGCUUGCUCUACCAAUCACUGAAGAAUAA